AACACUGACAGCCAAUCGGAAUCCUAUAGAAUUUAAAGGACGUCAUAGAUACAAACGUCAUGCUGUGUUUACUCUGCUCGAGAGUUAAAGUUAGCCUUUCAACAUGGCAGAUGCAGCAGAUCUUGUGGAGAAAUUAAUCGAGGAGGUUAAGAAAAACGCACCAUUAUUCGACAAUAGUCUUUAUAAAGACGCAUUAAAGAAGAGGGACAUCUGGAACACCAUUGGGAGCCGCCUCGGAAUCUCUGGUGAAAAUGGCAGAAAAAAAUGGAUGAAUGUGAGAGACGCCUAUCAGCUCAGCAGGAAGAAAAACAUCAGCAAGAGUGGUGACCCAGCAAAAAACAUAAAACCAUAUAAGUAUGCUGGGAUACUGGAGUUUAUGAUCCCACACCUCCAGUACAGAGAAACAACAGGUAACCUGCCAGAGGAAGGUGAGGAGGCAGAUGAGGGAGUGUCAGAACAGAUGCUACAGGGGAAAGAAAGGGCAGUGCCAGAAAUGUCCACUCCUGCCCCAUACUCCAGAAAAAGAUCCAGCAGUGGACAAUCUGCUUUUGAUAAAGCUAUAGUGGAUUACUUGGAGGGUAGGAAAAAGGAGGAGGAUGACCUUGAUUUGUUUUUUAAGUCAAUGGCAACCAGAAUGCGAAAGAUGCCAUUGCACAUCAGGUGUAAACUUAAAUUCAGAAUACAUGAGAUGGUACACAGAGCUGAAAUGGAAACUAUGUUCACCUCUUCUCAGGCAACUGUCUGGAACGGUAGCAUGGAAUACAACUGUCUCUAAUGAGAAUGCUUUGGUAACAUGUUCUUUGUUAAUUAUGCCAAUAAAGCUUACUUAAUGUAACUACAAGUAUUUAUUAUGAUGAGUUCCAACAGUCCAAGUUCCAUUACAUUUCUAAUCAACAAACAGUAUAUGAACUACAAAACAAACAUAAAUACAUACAUAAAACAUAUGUUGUGACGUCACUCUACUGAGCUACUCCAAAGCAAGAUGUACGUUGCCAGCUGACUGUUCCAGAAGUGGACACAAAAUAGUCUUUGUAGGCCUCCCUGAUUUCAAACGCUUCCCUUGAUGGAUGGUUUCCACACUGGGGUAGGUUCACCACUGCUGCAUGUGGAACUGUUGCAGUAUUGGUUGGACGAUGCUGGGUUGCUGGGUUUGAUGUCUUGAUUAUGUAAUUGUGAAGGACACAAGUGGCCUUAAUGACUUUAUCAACAUUCCGAGGUUGCAACCUGAUCCGCCGUUGGUAAAUUUCCCAUUUAGUUGAAAGGAUGCCGAAUGUAUUUUCUACCACUCUCCUAGCACUUGACAACCUGUAGUUGUACAGUCGCCUGGCUUCAUCCAGCUCCCUACCUGGGAAGGGGCGCAUUAUGUUCUUUGACAGGGGAAAGGCUUCAUCAGCUAUAACAACACAGGGAACUGGCUGUGAGGUACCAGGAAGUGGUCUUGGUGGAGGGAUAGCCAGUGUGCAAUUUCUCAUGGCUUUGCCUAAGGCACUUUGUGCAAAAAUGCCUCCAUCACUGCUGGAACCGUGACCACCGACAUCAAUGAUGGUAAAACAGUAUUUGGAAUCCACCAGGGCCAUCAAAACAAUAGAAAAACUACCUCUGUAGUUAAAAAAGACAGCCUGAAUUUGGUGGUGCCUGGAUGACCACAUGCUUGCCAUCCAAGGCACCUAUGCAAUUGGGGAACGGACCAUUUUUCUCAAACCCAGCAACAAUUUCCAGCCAAUGACUCUCUGUCGGGCAUGGCAUGUACAGAGGUUGUAAUUUAUCUCAUAUGGCACCACACACCUCUGGUAGUAUUGACGCAACAGCAGAUUUUCCAAUUCUGUAAUUCAUGUAAAUUGUCUUGUAUGAGUCCCCUGUGGCCAAAUACCUGAACAGCAAAAAAAGUAAUGGCAGUCUAUUAGUAUAAGUUACUGUUAUCAUGCACUCAGAUUUAUUUUAGUUAAUUAACCAUCAAUUAAAUAUUAUUUGUAGUACUCGUAUUCAUUCUAUAGUAGGCUACAGCAUGCUCAGACACAACAAGUGCAACUCUAAGCCUACAAGAGUGAUGCCUUAAUGUUGCUUGCUAUACUUCAAUCCAAAAAGAGGGUGCUAACUACAAUUGAAAUCAUGCCAAAUUAAUUAAACCUUACUCUUCUUCACUACCUCUGCCGAAGGGAAAAGUUUAGCGAUCGCACAGCACUUGCAAUGUAAACAAUCGGCGAAAUGUAAAUGGAUACGGCGAAUAAGUAAGU